ACAAACCCUGCACUGCAGCAGCAAGCACCAUGGAGUCCUUGGAUCCUAGCGUGGUGGCACUGCAGCAGCAGCGGCAGCAGAGCAGCAGCUGCGGCAGCUAUGGCGGGUUCCGGAUGCCGCUGCACUACCCGCGGUACAAGAAGGAGGACUACGAGUCGAUGCCGGAGUGGCGCGUCGACUGCCUGCUCCGCGAGUACGGCCUCCCCGUCGCCGGCGACCUCCGCGCCAAGAGGGAAUUCGCCAUGGGCGCCUUCCUCUGGCCCGACCAGUACUAGUCAAUCGAUCCAGCUUGAUUAGCUAGCUCCUAAUAACUCUCUCGAUCUCCGGUUUCUCUGUUCCCCGUUGCAUGCAUGCAUGCAUAUUCGUUAUGGAUCCAGUGCAGUGUGCUGUGCGUGUGGCUAUGUAUGUUGUGAUAUGUACAGCUCCCCAAGAUAUGCAUGGACAAGACGUUUCUGUAGUA